AUGAUUAUCAAAAAAACAAUGAUAUAAUUAUUUCUACUUCUACUUAUGGUGAUUAGAGCCAGAUUUAAAUAUAAUCUUAGUAAUCAAUAGCAUGUACAUUAGAAUAUUAAAAUAAGAAGAUUUAAAUAGUUUAUGCUGAUAUUUCAAAUGUUCGAUGUGAUGCAAUAGUAAAUUCAUGUAAUAACAAAAUGUCUUUUGGUGAUCCCUUAUAAUUAAGUGGUGUAGCUAAUAGUAUUUUUAGAUUGGGAGGAGCAUCAUAUCAUUAAUUUUGUUUAGACUACAUCAAUAAAUAUAAUGAAUUGAAAAUAGGGAAAGUAGUUACAUAUAAUAUGCCUAUUGGAAGAUAGAUUAAAAAUAUAUUAAAUGUAGCAACUCCAAUUUAUUCUAGAGGAGAUGAAGCAGAUGAUGAUUUGAAUAAAAUAAAAGAUAAUAUUGAGGCAAUAUUCAAGGAAAUUAAGAAUUUAGAUGAGAAUCUCUGGCUCUUCCAAUUUUUGAUGGAGGAGCAUGUGGAUAUAGUUUUAAUUAAGCUGCAUAACAAAUAUUAAAUACUACAAUAAAUUAAUUGUAUUCAUAGUAAUUAAAUUAAAAUACUAUAAAAACUAUUUAUAUAGUAGAGUUAAUUGAUGUUAAAAUUUAAAAGUUAACUUAAAUAUUAGCAUAGAUGUUAAAAUAACCUGAUAAAGAAAGAGAAAUUAAAUAUUAAUGGUAAUGGAUAGAGGAAAAUAUUUAUAAAAAUUAUGAUGAUGAGGAUUUUAAUAAAUAAAUUGAUGAAGCAUAUGAAUUAUUUUAAUUAACAGGAUAAGAAUAAAAGGUCCAUUUAAAAUUUCCAUAUUCUAAAUAACCUGGAACACAUAUGGUCAAUUUUAAUAAUAAUACAGUUUAUGAUAUUUCCUUAAAUAAAGAGAAAAGUUAGUUUCUAAAUUUGUUUCUAAUACAAGGAAGUUUUAUUUUGAUUAAGAAGAACUAGAUGAUUAAGUAAAUGAAUAUCUUUUGCUUUAAGAAAUGA